UAUUAGGACACUGUAUGUAUGUAUGUAUGUAUGUAUCUAAAAAGCUUAAAGUAACAGAAGAAACAAAAGAAAGAGACAGUGGGGAACAAUGAUUACAGUCUUUGUGUUUUGGAUACCAGCGCUUUGGUUUACAGGAACACAGGGUGAAGUGAGUCUUUGGCCCUUAGCUGUCAGAGAUGGAGAUAAAGUCAGUUUGCCUUGUCCAUUGAUGUGUAGCAUCUGGAGCUUUACUGGUUUAAAUGGUGCAGCAAAACAAGAGCUUAUUAAUCAAUUGACCAUUAAAGGAAAAGUUACGUCAGACAGACUGAGUGUGGACACAGACUGUUCUCUGGUUAUACACAAGGUAACAGUUGAGAAUGCUGGUUGGUACAGGUGCACAGUGCCUGACAAAACAGGGAGAACUCCUGGUUCUGCUCUUUCCAUUGAUCUUACUGUUGUUGUCAUCACUGAACAGAAAUAUGGAGGUAAUGUGACUUUAAACUGUUCUGUGUCGACUCCUACAAAGUGUGAUCAAGACAGUGUGAAGUGGAUCCACAAGAGCAUGGAUGUCAAUAGAGAUAGCUCAUAUGUAAAAAUAUCACAGUCUUUGUGCUCUGCUACUGUCACCAUUAUGAAUUUUACCUAUAGUAACAUAUCACCUUAUGACUUUAUGUGUGGAGUAACAAUGUAUACCAAAGUGGAGGUUUUUGCCUUCAGCCCUCACUCAUCAAGUGAAGAUACAAAUUCAACAACAACGUCUAAAAACAACACAAAUACAGUCACUGAAAAGAAACCUGGAGAUAAUAAGACCUCUAUCUUGACUCCUGAAAACUGUGAACACGCAAAAGUGAAGUGGAUCCAGAACAGCACAGUCUGGUGCAGGCUCAUUAUUGUGGUUGUGAGUUUGGCAGCACUCAUAGCGGUUGUUGUGAUCAUCAACAUAUUGACAAUAGCUGUUCCAAAGGCAAAAAUGGAUGGAAACAUGGUGUAUAAUGAGGAAGAUGAUGGAGCGGCAAAGCGUGAAAAUGUCCAGCCUUCUGAAGAGGUCUGAACAACAUCAGGGUGCUAUAUUUUUGCACAACUAAAAAAAAA